AUGCACAGCCAAGGCAAAGGAAUCUCGGGUUCUACUACUCCCUAUGUAAGAGAUACCCCUAAGUGGUUAGAUGCCAAUGCAGAAGAAAUAGAAAAGAAAGUUAUUACUUAUGCUAAGAAAGGUCUUUCUAUCUCUGAGAUAGGAACAAUUCUUAGAGAUGAGUACCAGAUUGGACAGAUGAAGUUCUUCUCAGGAAUGAAGUUACUUUUCAUUCUUAUGAAGAACAACUUAGCCCCUGUUAUUCCUGAAGACUUAUCUUUCUUAGUUAAGAAGGCUAUUAACAUAAGAAAGCACUUAGAAAGCAACAAGCAGGAUAAAGACUCUAAAUAUCGUUUGAUUUUAGUGGAGUCAAGAAUUAGUCGUUUAGCUCGGUACUAUAAGGAGAAGAUGAUGAUUCCGGCUAACUGGAACCCACCUUACCGGGCGGCCGUUAAAAGGAACAGUCGGCUUUAA